AUGGGUGGUGUAUUCUCAAAGAAGGAUAAAACGCCAAAAGUUUCCGAACAAGACAAUGCUAUUUUAGUAAGUUUUUCUAAGUUUUGUGACUCUCCAAACGCAUAUUUUCAUAGGCACUCAAAACACAGCGUGAUAAAAUCAAGCAAAUGAUUAAACGAAAAGAAAAUUGCAUGGAAAAGGAAAGAUUGUUGGCAAAAGAAUUAAUUCGAGAAGGAAAGAAAGAUCGAGCAUUACUUCUUCUGAAGAAAAAACGAUAUCAAGAAAAGAUUAUUGAUCAAACACUUUCACAACUUUCGAAAAUUGAACAAAUGGUACAAGAUUUGGAAUUCGCUGAAAUACAGCAGAAAGUUGUGGAAGGGUUGAAACAGGGAAAUGAUGCUUUGAAAAAAAUGAAUUCUUUAUUCGAUGUUGAUGAAAUUGAUAGAAUUAUGGAAGAAACAAAAGAAGCCGCCGAAUAUCAAGAAGAAAUUUCAAACAUGCUUUCUGGUCAAUUAUCAACUUCUGAUGUCAGUGAUGUUGAAAAAGAACUCGAAGAACUUUUGGCUGCACAAGUUCCUGCUGAUAUUCUUCCAUCUGUUCCAACUCAUGAUUUACCAGAACCUGCUUCGCCAGAAAAAGGUAUUGUGUUUUCAAAUUCAUUUACUUCAUCUGAAAAUAUAAAUAUUUUCAGAAAAAAUUGCAUCUUCAAAACGAGAAAAAGUCGCUGUUGAGGCUUGA